GCUGUCCCUCAGUCGGUCAGGAUUCCAGAGCCAAGGGAGAUUCACCGGAAAGGGUUUUAGUGAUAAAACAGCAAAUUUUGGGAGAAGAGACCACAUUGUGUGGUCACAUAAGCACCCAUCUGCCCAAUUUAUUCAGCAUUCAACGAUGGAAAGUGAACUAUGAGGUGUUGUGUAGCUGCAGAAGACUGAGCGAACCAUGGCACAGUUCCCAACCACGUUCACAGGUCCAGAUGUGUUUCUGAUCUCUGUGGACGAGAGAGCCAAACAUGACCAGCAGUUUCACAGCCUCUCUCCGACUGCUGGGGGUUUCAUCACAGGUGACCAGGCCAGGAACUUCUUUCUCCAAUCAGGGCUUCCCCCGCCCGUCCUCGCCCAAAUAUGGGCUCUGGCUGACAUGAACAGCGAUGGCCGAAUGGAUAUCCACGAGUUCUCAAUCGCAAUGAAGCUCAUCAAGCUGAAACUACAGGGUCACCCUCUGCCCCCAUCGCUUCCUCCCAGUAUGAAACAACCCCCGCUACCUUUACCCCCGCAGACUGGUUUUGGCAUGCCUCCCAUGGCACCCAUCGCUACUCCUCUGCCCGGCGUGCCCCCGCUCCCCUUGCCUCCUCUUCCCGUCGGGGUUUCGCCCCCACUCGUCUCGUCUGCGCCGCCACCCCUCCCACAGCCCAUUGCCAACGGAGCUCCUCCCACGGGCAUAAUACAGCCUAUCUCAGGCUUCUCCCACCCAGCUCCCUCUUCGUUUAAUCGGGCCAGUACCAAGCUGCAGAAGGGCUCGUCCUUUGAUGCUGCUGGUGCUCAGCCCCCUGCUGACUGGGCAGUUCCUCAGUCCUCCAGGCUGAAGUACAGACAGCUUUUUAACUCCCAUGACAAGAUGAUGAGUGGACACCUCACUGGUCCCCAGGCUCGCACAAUCCUGAUGCAGUCCAGUCUUCCUCAGACCCAGCUUGCCACGAUAUGGAGUCUUUCAGAUAUUGACCAGGAUGGAAAACUGACAGCUGAGGAGUUUAUCUUAGCUAUGCACCUCAUAGAUAUGGCUAUGUCAGGGUUACCGCUGCCCCCUGUGUUACCUCCAGAAUACCUCCCACCAUCAUUCAGGCGUGUGCGCAGCGACAGCGUUCAGUCGGACCAGAAAAGCGUCCAGGAGGAGAUGGAGGAGGAGACGGAGACCAGCCAAGAUAAGAAAUUACCAGUGACAUUUGAGGAUAAGAAGAGGGAAAACUUUGAGCGAGGGAAUCUGGAGUUGGAGAAAAGACGUCAGGCCCUGCAGGAGCAACAGAGGAAAGAGCAGGAGAGGCUGGCUGCCCUGGAGAGGGAGGAGCAGGAGAGAAAGGAGCGUGAGCGUCUGGAGCACGAGAGGAGACGGCAACAGGAACUAGAAAAACAGCUGGAGAAGCAGAGAGAGCUGGAGAGGCACAGAGAAGAAGAGAGGCGCAAAGAGAUAGAGAGGAGAGAGGCCGCUAAGAGAGAGUUAGAGCGCCAGCGUCAGCUGGAGUGGGAGCGUCAGCGGCGGCAGGAGCUUCUGACUCAGAGAAACCGAGAGCAGGAGAGCAUAGUUCUGCUCAAAGCCAGGAAGAAGACGCUGGAGUUUGAGCUGGAGGCUCUGAAUGACAAGAAGAGCCAGUUGGAGGGUAAACUGAAGGAUGUUCGGUUUCGUCUGUCGAAUCAGAGGAAAGAGGUGGAGCAGACGAACCAGACCCGAGAGACGCGCAUCACUGAAAUCACGCUUUUGCAACAACAGCUGCAGGACUCCCAGCAGUGGUUGGGGAGGCUCAUUCCUGAUAAGCAGAGUCUGAACGAGCAGCUGAAACAGGUUCAGCAGAACAGUCUGCACCGUGAUAGUCUUUCGUCCCUGCAGAAGGCUGUCGAGCAGAAAGAGAUGAGCAGACAGCAGCUCAGAGAGCAGCUUGAUGCUGUGGAGAAAGAGACGAGGGCCAAACUGCUAGAAAUAGACGCUUUCAACACUCAGCUGAAGUCUCUGUGUGAGUUCUAUGCCAACCACUGUGCCAGGAUAGAUGCCCUGCGACGCCAGCUUCAGGAGGAACAGAGAGGGAGACAGCACCAGGAGCAGGGGCAGCUGCAGGAGUGUGUGUCAGCUGUCAGAGUGUGUCUGACUCGGCUAGACCACGUUAUAAAGGAGCUGAGGGAGAUCCACACCCGGCAGCAGAGACAGAAACAGAAGGAACUGGAGGGAGACACACACACACAGACACACACACAGUCUCACAUACACACCCCGAGCGAGAGGAAGUCCGCUGAGCUGCAGGAGGGCAGGUUGUCGUCAGAGGAAGGUGCCGCCUGGAAGGAGGAAGCAGGAGGCUCUGCUCCACAAGCUCCAAGCCCCGCCUCCGUUCCUGCAUCCCACGCAUGGCUAAACAGAGUGACGCAGGAAGAGGAGGAGAGGAAAAGGAGAGGGAUGGAGGAGGAGCAAGAGGUCAGGAAGGGAGCAGGAUCGACAGAAGAGAAGGAGGACGAGGGAAGAGGCAAGAAGGAAAUGCAGGACAAACUAAACAAGCUUUUCAGCCAGCCGGCUGACCCCUGGGCGUCAGCAGUCACAGUGGAAAAAGCUCCAGGUCCCAGUUUAUUUGACCAGAAGGCUUCAGCCAGCGCCUUCGACCAGCAGCAGCAGCCGGUGAAGGUGGUGUACUACAGGGCUCUGUAUCCGUUCGACGCUCGUAGCCAUGAUGAGAUCAGUAUCACUCCCGGAGAUGUUAUUAUGGUGAAGGGGGAAUGGGUCGAUGAGUCGCAAACAGGUGAGCCCGGUUGGCUGGGGGGUGAGCUCAGAGGGCGGACCGGUUGGUUUCCUGCCAAUUAUGCAGAGCGUAUACCUGACAGUGAAGCGCCAAUCACGCUGCGCUCCACAGUCUCAGCCACAACCUCCUCAACCCAGCAGCCGAUGACUACGCCCCCUCCCGCCCCAGGACACACCGCCUCCUCCACCACGUCCUCUUCUAACAGCAACUGGGCGGACUUCAGCACAACCUGGCCCUCAAACACAACCAGCCAAUCAGACAGCGAGGGCUGGGACGCGUGGCCCACCUCUUCGGCCAGUCAGAAUCCAUCUCUGAGCGUUCCCUCGGCACAGCUGCGACAACGCUCUGCCUUCACUCCCGCCACCAUGACGACGGGUUCCUCUCCUUCUCCCGUACUGGGACAGGGAGAGAAGGUCGAGGGUCUUCAGGCUCAGGCCUUGUAUCCCUGGAGAGCCAAGAAGGAGAACCACCUAAACUUCAACAAAAACGAGAUAAUAACAGUGUUGGAGCAGCAGGACAUGUGGUGGUUGGGUGAACUGCAGACCGGACAAAGAGGCUGGUUCCCCAAAAGUUACGUGAAGCUCAUCUCCGCCACCAUGACGGCUCCCCCUGGUGUUCCAGCAACAGCAGCACGCAGCAAAAACACUAAUGAAACAGGAGCAUCGGAAAGCCCGCCCAAUGGAAAACGCCCCUCCCCCUCCCCAACAAAGCCUUCAGAGUCGGGUGAAGAAUACGUGGCCAUGUACACCUACGAGAGCAAUGAACAGGGGGACCUGAGUUUCCAGCAAGGGGACAUCGUCGUGGUGACGAGGAAAGAAGGCGAUUGGUGGACGGGGAUGGUCGGAGGAAAGACUGGAGUCUUUCCAUCCAACUACGUCAAACCACGGGACUCCACAUCAGAGUCACUGGGAACAGCAGGGAAGACGGGAAGCCUUGGGAAGAAACCAGAGAUCGCUCAGGUGAUCGCCCCCUACAAUGCUACAGGAGCAGAGCAGCUGACUUUAGCCCCAGGACAGCUCAUCCUCAUCAGGAAGAAGAACCCAGGGGGCUGGUGGGAGGGCGAGCUCCAGGCUCGAGGGAAAAAGCGCCAGAUUGGUUGGUUUCCAGCCAAUUAUGUGAAGUUGCUGAGUCCCAGCACCAGCAAGACGACGCCCACAGAGCCCACACCUCCUAAACUGGCCCCUGCCAGCACAGCUCUGUGUCAGGUGAUCGGCAUGUACGACUACGUGGCGCAGAACGACGACGAGCUGGCCUUCCAGAAGGGUCAGGUGAUCACAGUGCUCAACAAAGACGACUGUGAUUGGUGGAAAGGAGAGCUCAAUGGGAGGGAGGGUCUGUUUCCUAGCAACUACGUCAAACUCACCACAGAUACUGACCCAAGCACGCAGUGGUGCGCUGACCUGCAUCUGCUGGACAUGCUGAGCCCCAUGGAGAGGAAGAGGCAGGGGUACAUCCACGAGCUGAUCGUCACCGAGGAGAACUACGUCAACGACCUGCAGCUCGUCACGGAGAUUUUCCACAAACCUCUGCUGGAGUGCGAGCUGCUGACAGAGAAGGAGGUCGCCAUGAUCUUCGUGAACUGGAAGGAGCUCAUCAUGUGCAACAUCAAACUGCUGAAGGCUCUGAGAGUGAGGAAGAAGAUGUCGGGCGAUCGGAUGCCUGUGAAGAUGAUUGGUGACAUCCUGACCAACCAGCUUCCUCACAUGCAGCCGUACAUCAGGUUUUGUUCGUGUCAGCUGAACGGAGCCACGCUCAUCCAACAGAAAACCGACGACAACCCCGAGAUCAAAGACUUCCUCAAGAGGUUAGCCAUGGAUCCCCGGUGUAAGGGAAUGCCUCUGUCCAGCUUCCUGCUCAAACCUAUGCAGAGAGUCACGCGCUACCCUCUCAUUAUCAAAAACAUUUUAGAAAAUACUCCAGAGUCUCAUCCAGAUCACAGCCACCUGAAAGCAGCUCUGGAGAAAGCAGAGGAGCUGUGCUCGCAGGUGAACGAGGGCGUCAGGGAGAAGGAGAACUCGGAUCGCUUGGAGUGGAUUCAGGCUCACGUUCAGUGUGAGGGCCUGUCAGAGCAACUGGUGUUUAACUCAGUCACCAACUGUCUGGGUCCCAGGAAGUUCCUCCACAGCGGGAAGCUGUUCAAAGCCAAAAGCAGCAAAGAGCUCUACGGCUUCCUGUUCAACGACUUCCUGCUGCUCACACAGGUGACCAAACCUCUGGGCUCGUCAGGCUCGGACAAAGUCUUCUCUGCAAAGACGCACCUGCAGUACCGCAUGUACAAGACGCCAAUCUUCCUAAAUGAGGUGUUGGUGAAGCUGCCGACAGACCCGUCGGGAGACGAGCCUCUGUUCCACAUCUCCCACAUAGACCGAGUUUACACGCUGCGAGCCGAGAGCAUCAACGAAAGGACGGCGUGGGUUCAGAAAAUCAAGGCAGCUUCAGAGCUGUUCAUAGAGACGGAGAAGAAGAAGCGGGAGAAAGCGUAUCUAGUACGUUCCCAGAGGGCUACAGGUAUCGGGAGACUGAUGGUCAACAUUGUGGAGGGAAUUGAGCUCAAACCCUGUCGCUCCCACGGAAAAAGCAACCCGUACUGCGAGGUGACCAUGGGCUCCCAGUGCCAUAUCACAAAAACAUUACAGGACACUUUGAAUCCAAAGUGGAAUUCCAACUGUCAGUUUUUUAUUAAGGACCUGGAACAGGACGUCCUCUGUAUCACUGUGUUUGAACGAGACCAGUUCUCGCCUGAUGACUUCUUGGGCAGGACAGAAAUCCGGUUAGCGGAAAUAAAGAAGGACCAGGGCUCUAAAGGACCAAUCACAAAGAGGCUGCUGCUCCACGAGGUUCCUACGGGAGAGAUCGUCGUUAGGCUCGACCUUCAGCUGUUUGAAGAACCGUGAAACCUGGACGGGGCCACGGCAGACUGGACUGGCCCAAAAAGGACCUGUAGGAGAUGAUGGUUUGGACUGGACAGCUUAGAUGGAUUAGACUGGACUGGACAACUGGACUGGUCUCAAAUCUUUAUUUCUCCGCGUGUACAUCUGAGCUUUUUAUAUCCAGAGAGAAAGGAUCAGUUAGCUAAGGGUACAAUGAUGCCAUUACUAAACAUCUUCAAGUUUAAAACAAAAAGGAAUAACUUCAUGAAUUACCAGCUGGAGAAAGGACCUUCACAUACACACAAAAGCCAAAGUGGCUGAAAAUGUGUGUAACUCCAUUUCAGCUCCUAAACAUUAAAGAUAAGCAGCAGUUAGGGUCACCAUGGCAAUCCUGAGCACGCCUCUUGGAAAACACAUCACCGCCUCCAGUCUGUGCCUCCUAUCGACCUGCUUACACACCAUGGGUGCGGCAAGAAGACUCUCCACAGCGUUUCUGUUUCUGUCAGAACAUCUUGAUCAGAUUUCCAUUCGAUUCUGUGCAGCAGGCGGAGCUCCUGUGAGUCUGAGGCCUCCAUAGUCAAAAGAUAGAGCAGACACAUGAUCCCAUGUUCUGCUUAUAGUCUGGAUCAGCUCUAGUGGGCUUGGUGUUAGAUUACAGAGAGGGUUUUUAGAAGAACUUCCUCCCUCAGUCGAGAUGAACAUUACGCCCAUUCAUCUGACUGAGAUUGCAUUAAUAUAUGUGAAUAAUACAAAUAUUAAUGCAUUUUUAGCCACUAAUAAUAAUAUACAGUAUGCUGGGAUUUUUGCUUUGCAGCAAUCACACCAAAUAUGUGACACACUGAUAUAAAAAUAGAGAUGAAGUGGACUGGGAUCAUAAAAAGUUGGUAUGAGAUUCUUAUCAUUUCUGGCUUAUUCAUUUCAGUGGAGAGGGUAAAUAAAGAGCUCAACAUCCAAAUGAGAUUUAUAGAUUUUAUUCAUCUAAAUCUAAAUUUGUGUGGCGUUUUUAAAUGUCACAUACACGUUCACGUCUUAAAUCUGGUGUGCUGGUGCUUCCGUGGUUAGAGAUUGGACCGUUUCAGCAGGUCUGUCCUGUGAUCUGACAUUUAAAGAAGCAGCUCGACGGGUUUUCUAGUCUGCAAAUGGUUCUCAGUCAUGUUGGUACCACUGAGAAGUGAAAAUCCGAGACCUGGUCCAGUCCAGUCCAGUCUGCUUGUGCCCCCUCCCUCCUUCAGGACCGGUCCACGUCAGUAUUUAGUCGAGUCUUGGAGAAGAUCAGUCAGGUCUUUACUGUCUCCUCUCCCUCUGCUUCAUCCAGACAGUCUCACAAACACUCCAGCGACAAUCCCAGCCCUCCUUCUUUGUCCAACCAAACCCAGACCUUUAUGUGAGAGAGUGUGUUUGUGUGUCUGUGAGAGUGUGUGCGUGUGUGUGAGGCAGACGGCCGAUGCGAAUGACGGUACGAGUGUAAAGAUGGACAGGCUAACUAAAAGCACGGUUCAGUCUCCAUGCAUUUUUACACAGAGUCUCUCAGAGUCUUAUGAUCAACUCUUUGGGCUUCGGCUCAUGUGAGGGGACAUUUUUUAUAAUUUCGCUCUGUUUGGACGCUCACUGAACGCUCGCCACGUUAUCUCAGAAAGUGCUAAAUAUGUACAGGUUAAAUGAGAAAUCCUAACGAUGCAAAAUAAGCUGAAGAUAUAGAGACCCUGAUAUAUGACUGGUGUAAAUACAUUACAGACAAGAUGUCCCCUUCACAUGCGUCUGUGGUAAUAAUGCUGAUAAUAAGACAGGGAACAGGCGUGAAAGCUGAUUUAAACUGAGGUACUGUAAAGAAGAAUGUCUUAACUGUUCAGGGUGUUUUUGUUUUUUUGUUUUUAUGUAUAUGUGGGGGGGUCGCAGAUUUAGACGAUUUCUGUCACACAUCUGAACUCUGAUGUUAUGUUGCUGCUGUGUUGAGCUGUCACAGUGGCCGUCACUAUGCAGGGAGGGUAAACCCUGAGGGAUUUCGAGGGCCCGCCGCUGGACUGGGGCCCUCGAGCAGGCUCCGUAGGGCACAGAUGUAUUUUAUAGGAAUAGCAUUUUGACCAUUUUCACAGUUUAACCCUAUGAAAAGCUCAGAGUAGAAACAACGGUACUGUGCGUCGGCACUCCCAGCACUUUGAAAAGCAGAUUUUGGAGCAGAGCAGGACACGAAUCUCCUGAAUUUCACCCAGCAGCUGUUUUGGGUAAUCAGAGCAGGAAGUCUAAUAAAAAGAGGCACUCAAAGGAUGUGUUUUUAUUAAAGUCUUAUCAUUUUAAAGACAUUUUAAUGAAGAUAAGCAAACUGUACUUGAGCCCAAAGGUGGAUCCCAGCAAAUAAAAGAAAGUCAGGAGUGAUUUUCAGAUGCAGUCGUUGGAUUUUCUUCUUAAAUGGAGAGAAUGUAAAAAGAAAAGAGUGAUCUGCACAGACUGCUACCAUUUUUGUUCAGCAUAAGAACUUUAUAUUUAAAGUAAUGGCAAUAACUGUGAAGCUGUAAUUUGUGGACUGAAUUUAUUGUCCAAACUAUAUCUUCUUUCAAAAACUGUCCCAAUGUUUCAAUUUCAAGCACACUUUGAAAUGAAUACUUCUCUGAUCUUCCUCCUAAAGUUUCCUCGAGCUGAUUAUUCAAAACGGCGGCUGCGUUCGCCGACAAGGCCGGAAACAUCGCCUAGCUAGGUUGCUUAGUAAGAUUGUAGAUAAGUUAGUUAGCGAGCCACUCGGCCGGUUAGUAAAUCUAGUUAGGUGUUUUAAUUUAGUGCCAAGUUACAGUAAUGUUCUAAAUUACCACGAAGACAACAGUUACCUUAGUGACCAGCCACUGUCCAAUCAGAAGUCGGCGAGGCUCGGCCAGCUUCAGCAGCUUGACUAUGGAGGAAGGUGUGAACGAAUGUUUGUGUUUCCCCAGACUGAAGCUGAUGAUGAUGAUGAUGAAUGAUGAUAAAGCUGUCUUACACCCCUCUGUACUGUCCUGCUCAGUACCCCUCUCGCCUCCUCCUCUCCUCACUGUACUGAAACUAACCCAAUCCAGUUUGAACCUUACUGUCUACCUUCCAGGUUGUGUAUAAUACUGCUGUUAUCUGAGAGUUAAUAUAUGAGCGAUAAAGGCAGCCUGCUGUUAAUUAUCACUGUAGAAGAUGAUGUACGUUGUUGUCUUUCGGUGUUCAGAAUAAACUUCAGUUGGACCAAGAA